CGCCAUUAACACUUUCUUCACCAUUUCUUCGCCGAGAAAAGCAAAAGCCUUCGCAAGGAGGCCUUUUCCACGAGCUUCAUUGUCACAAAACCGAUCAAUUUCAGCUUCCCCCAAUUUCUUCAUAGCUCAACUAAAAAAAAAAUUGAAAAAAUGGAUAAUGCUCAGCGAAGAAAUCGUGGCCUCAAUCUGCCGGCGUCGAUGUCGGAGACGUCUCUGCAGCUGAACACGCUCUCCACCGUAUCGCCGAUUAAGCUCGCGUCGCCGCUGAAAUCGAUGUCUCCGAGGACCAUCGCGAAUUUGUCGCCGUCGAAAUCGACGUCUUCCUGCAGCGACAGAUUCAUCCCCUGCAGAUCUUCGUCGAGGCUGCACACGUUCGGUCUGAUCGAGAAGGCGUCUCCGGUGAAGGAAGGCGGCGGCGCGAGCGAUGCGUACAAUAGGUUGCUGAAAACGGAGCUCUUCGGGACUGAUUUCGGAUCCGGUGAUUUUGGUUCGGGUGGUGUUAGGGGAGGUGGUUCUCCGAUUAGUCCGAGCAAGAACAUGCUGAGGUUUAAGACGGAGCAGCACUCCUCCGGGCCUAAUUCGCCGUUUUCGCCGUCAAUUUUGGGGCAGGAUAGUGUGGGUUCUGGGGAGGCGGCGACGCCGCCUAAGCCGCCGAGGAAGGUCCCCAAAACGCCUCACAAGGUACUUGAUGCACCAUCGCUUCAAGAUGAUUUCUAUCUGAACUUGGUUGACUGGUCUUCUCAGAAUGUUCUUGCUGUGGGAUUGGGAACUUGUGUUUAUUUAUGGAGUGCUUCGAAUAGUAAAGUAACGAAGUUGUGUGACUUGGGACCGAAUGACAGCGUAUGCUCGGUCCAAUGGACACGAGAGGGCUCUUACAUAUCAGUCGGUACAAGUCUAGGUCAAGUUCAGGUUUGGGACGGGACUCAGUGCAAGCGUCUAAGAACAAUGUCCGGCCAUCAAACUAGAGCAGGAGUACUGGCAUGGAGUUCACGGAUAUUAUCCUCUGGAAGCAGAGACAGGAACAUACUUCAGCAUGAUCUUCGUGUUCCAAGUGAUUAUAUCAGCAAGCUUAUUGGACACAAAUCCGAGGUGUGUGGAUUGAAGUGGUCCCAUGACGACCGAGAGCUUGCAUCCGGUGGAAAUGACAACCAGUUACUUGUGUGGAAUCAGCACUCCCAGCAGCCGAUUUUGAGACUAACGGAGCAUACAGCUGCUGUCAAAGCCAUUACCUGGUCACCUCACCAGAACGGUCUUCUAGCCUCCGGAGGAGGAACUGCUGAUCGUUGCAUCCGUUUCUGGAACACCACGAGCGGCAAUCAACUAAACAGUGUCGACACAGGAAGCCAGGUUUGCAAUUUAGCUUGGAGCAAGAAUGUCAAUGAAAUAGUGAGCACCCACGGAUAUUCCCAGAACCAAAUAAUGGUGUGGAAGUAUCCAACUAUGUCAAAGGUUGCAACACUAACUGGGCAUGGUUUGAGGGUAUUGUACCUGGCAAUGUCUCCUGAUGGUCAGACUAUUGUCACCGGAGCAGGAGACGAGACACUCAGAUUCUGGAAUGUCUUUCCAUCCGUUAAAACGCCUGCACAGGUGAAGGACACUGGCCUUUGGUCUUUAGGAAGAACUCAAAUCAGAUGACGAAGUGAUUAUAGGAAAUAAUAAGAAAGACCAUUUUUAUAUUUUUUUUUAUUUAUCUGAUGUGGAGAUUGUAAAGUGAAUUUCCUUUUUUUUUUUUUUUCUUUCCCCAACUUGUGCACAGUAGCAGCAAAAUGUGGAGCUAUUCUUUGUAUUUGUUUAUUUAUUUGAGGAUUUAAUACUAAUUUUUACA